AUGCAAGAAAAAUAUUACCCAUCUGGUGAUAUUAACACUGCUCAGACUUUAGCUGCCAUUGGUUCCAUUCUAGAUUGUCAAAAGAAGUACGAUGAACCCCUGGAUUUCUAUCAAAAAGCACUGACAAUUCAAGAAAGAUAUCAUCCAUCAGAUCAUUUCGACAUUGCUAAAAGUUUAAUUGAUGUUGGUAAUGUUUUAAGCAGUCAAAGCAAGCAUGAUGAAGCUCUGGAGUUCUUUAAACGAGCAACCACUAUUCUAGAGAAAGGUUAUCCCUCAAAGAGUGACGAUAUUGCUUUCAGCCUAAGAAAGAUUGGAUUCAUCCUAAAUAUACAAGGAAAGUUCGAUCAAGCCAUUCAGUCCUACAAAUCUGCAAUUCAAAUUCAAGAAGAAUAUUCCCCCUCUUCACUCGAUCAAAUUGCCAUUAGUUUAUGCUCCAUUGGUGCCAUUUUAGAUAGUCAAAAUAAGUACGAUGAAGCUCUUGAUUUCUAUCAACAAUCGCUUACGAUGCUGAAACAAUAUCAGCCGUCUGGCAAUGCUGAAAUUGCAAGUACAUUUUCUCAAAUUGGUAGUACACUAAGACUGAUGAGGAAGCAUGAUGAAGCUCUUGAUUUUUACAAGCGUGCACUUUCUAUUGAAGAGAAAUGUUAUUCUCACUCUCCUAAUCGCAUUGCUCAGCGCCUCACUCUAAUUGGAGAUAUUUUCGGUGCCGUCAAAAAUUAUGAUGAAGCUCUAGACUACUAUCACCAGGCACUCGUAAUCCAAGAGAAACACUAUCGUACUGAUCAUAUCGAUAUUGUUAUGAGUCUUAAAGGUAUUGGAAAUGUGCACUAUUACAAAGGCCGCUUUGAUCGUGCUAUCGAGUAUAAGAAAAAGUCUCUUCGAAUGCAAGAACAACUACUGCCACGUAAUCAUCCAGACAUCGCCUGGAGCCUAUUCGAUUUGGGUGCUACAUAUGACCAUAUACGUGAAUACUCAUUCGCACUUGAUUACAAACUAAAAGCUUUAAUGAUGCGAAGAAAAUGUUUUCCACGGAAUCAUCAACAAGUGGGUCAUAUUUUGCAUGGUAUCGGAGUCACUUUUGAAAAUCUCAAUCAACUCAAUUUAGCACUUGACUAUUUUGAACGAGCGUUGACUAUCUAUGAUAAAAGUCUGCCGAAUGGAUAUCCAGGUUGA